AUGUAAAUAUUAGUUCUAUUACCCAUUGUCUACUUAGGUUAAACAUUAGAAUAAUGUGGAGUCAAACAAGAAUAAAUAUAAAUGUUCUUCUCAACCUAAGAAACAUUUGAAUGGAACUUAAAAGAUUUAUUUUCAGGAUCCUAUUUGAAUUACACAAUAUCAGCAAAAUAACCCUUCUUUACUUUUAAAAAACCUAUCCAUUAAGAAUAUAUACCUAAAUAGUUGAUAGAAGGUAUAAUAUGUUUUUAUUUUAGGUAUAUCAAAAAUUGUUGCCAUAUAAGCAAAGACUGAAUAAGGAUAGAGAGUAUGGUUAAAUUAUUUUGCUUUUAUAGAAAAAAGUGUAAAUUAGUUAUCGAUUUUCUAUGCUGAAGGGUAACUUUAUUUAAAUGAUAAAGUAGUACAUAAGGAGAUUAUAGACCACCAUAUUUUAAUUAUAAAAUAGUGUUUACUUAAAAUCAAGAUAUUUAAUGUUUAAGUUUAGAAUAUCUUAAUGAUACAUCAUUUUUAGCUGAUUGCUAUAAUUCUAUGAAAAAUCCAAUAUAAAAUUAUUUUUAUGUUGUAAGUAAAUCUGGUUCUGUAAGAAAUAUUAGUAAUCAGAAUUAAGAUGUGUAAAAUAUAAUUACAAAAAGAAUUACUAAAGUGAUACCAUUUGUUGAUGCUAAAAAGAAUCAAAUGAAAUUAAUGUUUAGAUCAACACCAGCAUAUGCAACUGGAUCAGACUUAAAAAUUAAUUCAUUAAUUCAAAUUUAUAAUAUAGAAACAUUUUAAAUAGUUAAUUAAUUAAAUAUUAAUUUAGUUUGA